AUACCAUAUCAGUGCGUCGAUGAGCGGUUAUGACUGCAUAAUUAGGCAUUAUGCUUCGACUCUUCUAUCUAAACAAGUUUUAGCGAAAAUUCUACUGAAGAACUCGUUUUCAAAUGCAACACUUUGCCUUGUAGGUCUAACAUCUGCACACGCAUUAUCAAAAUCGAAGAAGGGGCACAUCAAGGAACCCACCAAUCACAUGCCAAGAUGUAUGUCUUUACGGCGAUCUUGGUCAUCUACGGCUCCAUGUUCUUGAUUGGCGUCCCGGCAAACGGCUUUUUGAUAUGGGUCUACUACAAGAUGUCAAAGAUGCGCAGAAGGGCAGGUCAGAUGUGUGCCUUCAAUGGUUUCACAUCAACAGAUCUGCUACUCCUAGGAUUAGCUGCCAUCGAUUUUACAGCUUGUGUGACGGCACCUUUCAACGUCGGCUUUUCAAUAAUAAAUAAAGACUGGAGGUGUAAAUAUGUCUACAUUAUGAGUCGACAUGGAUGCCUAUCAGCCCUCUUCAUGACUGUUGCCGUAGCUGUGUAUCGAUAUCAUAUCAUCUUAUACGGUGUCAAACCUUGGUCACGAAGUCCUUGGAUCAUUGGAUUGGUCUUUACCUUGUGUAUUGUCCUAGCUUUCUUGACACACUCAGGUGUAUUAUUAUAUGCAGAGUAUAGAGUCGGGGUGUGUUUGCCUUUCGGGAACCGACGACAAGGACUGUGGAUUUACCGGGGGUUUGUCGUAGGCCUUUACUUUGCAUGCCUCACCACGGUCCUCGGUCUUUAUGGUAAAAUUAUUUGGUUUUUGAGAAGAUGUCGUUCCAGGUACAUUCACCCUGUAGGAUCGCUUGAUGAUAAACCCAAAGAACUAGACUGUGAGCCAAAGUUGGAAACGAAAGUAGCUAUUGCGUGUUCAGAAGAUCCCAUGGAGCCUUCGACAUCUAAGAAUACAGCAUUUAUCAUGGAUGGGGCAAAAUCCGAAGGUAAAUCUGAAAGCAAGAAGAUCGACGCUUUAACCACCAACAGAGCAGAGAUCAACCAUGUCAACCGCGACGGAAAGACUCAUGUAACAGAUCCGACUGCCUCUAAAGAUGUCCCAACUGUCCCUGAAACAUUGCAUGCCAAGUCUAAACAGUUCACAGAUGACGUCGUGACUCAGCAGCGUCUGGUUAAGGUACGAGUGAAGCGGAAUGACCAUGUCAAGGCAACAAAGAUGGUCAUGAUUUUAACAUUGAUUAUCUAUCUUGCCUGGCUACCAUACGUCAUAAGCAGUCUCUUAGGAGAACAGAUCCAAUACUUUCUCCGGGAAAAUGACCAAUCACUGGUUGCACCCUUGGUAGGAGUAAUGGCAUUCUUGGUCCGUCUAAGAGAGGUCGUUCACGUCGCAAAUCUCUUCGUUUAUGUUGCAUCUAACGACAGAUUUCGGAAAGCAUGUAAGAAAAUUCUGGAAAGUACCGUCUUCUCAAAGUGUCUACGAUAAAAUAUUAGUAACUUAUUCUUUAACACAAGUUCGGGCAUAAAGGUAGAAUGGCAACUAGUUUUGACUGACCACCGCAGGUCGCAAUUCG